GGCCAUGGCAGCCGUCCUACCCAAGAAGCACCCGCCCCGCCACGGGGCGCCGAGCGUGGGCGACAGGAUCCUCCUGUUCCAAGAUGUAGAGACUUUGCAGCAAGUUCUGCGGCGAGAGAAGACCAUGGAAGUGCGGCAUCUGCCUUGCGCGCCGGGGGGUGCGUGGCUGGGCGUGCAAGGCCAAAUCCACGCGUGGGGCAAUUUUGGCGCCUCCUUCGCAGUCAACAACGUUGAAGAACUGCGAGACUAUGAAGGUCCAACCACAUGGGUUGGGUUCAGCCCGGUAGAGGAGGCCCCAGAGGAUGUUCAACAUGGGGGUUUGGUGAAUGUAGGCAACAGCUGCUUCAUCAACGCCGCUCUCCAGGCGCUCUACAGCGUCACAACGUGGCGACGGAUGCUCCGGCAGUCGCAGAACGCGGUCGCAGCCGACCUCCUGCUGCUGUGGCACAGGCUGCGAGCGUCGGCAGCUGUGAAACCGGAGACCGUCCUGGAGCGGUGGUAUCAUGGAGCGCAAGAAGACAGCGCCGAGUUUUUCCGUGUGGUGAGCGAACAGGCGGGGCUCAUCGCCGGAACAGCCGGACUGGAGCAGUACGAACUCCGUUGUCGCGACUGUGGAGAGGCAUGUCUGCAAGGCGCGGCAACGUUUAUGUCCGACCUCCAGAUGCAGUUGCCGACAGGCGUCCGCGAUCUGCAGGGUGUGGUGGACAGGUACUUUCGCGCGGCUGUGGCGCCUGACGGUCUAGAGUACCAGGGCUCGGCAUGGCAAUGCCCAGCGUGCCAGUCCAACCGCCUUCCCUGGAGAAAGUUACGGGUCCGUCGAGCCCCCGCAGUGCUGCUCGCCGCCGUCAAGCGCUGGCGAGUGGAGAUCGUGGAUGGCCUGUUCGUCCAGCAUAAGGACACGACGCCCCUCACAGUCCCGGAGUUGAUCGACGUCCAGGGCCACGUGUACCAGGUCGUGGCGACGGUGCACCACGUGGGCGCGGAGGCAGAGGCUGGUCACUACUAUGCGGCAGUACGAGGGUCAGAGGGGGACUGGCAUGUCUACGACGACGCAGGCGUGGCCUCCAUGCCUCGCGAGCAGCCGGAGGAUGAAGGCAGUUUGUUGGCAAUGGAGGGUCAGGUGUACUAUGCUGUUCUGGAGACUGUCGCGACGCAAGCAGCGGCAGACGUGAGUAGCCUCGGUCAAGAGGCAGCAAGGUGUAGCGCCACGCAGCUAGAAAGCUCCGUGGCCGAUGCAGGCCGCACCCCGGGCAAGGCGCAGGCGAUUGAGGCCAGCAACGCAAUCGCCGAUGCGGCCACGCAGCCCGGGACCAUGAGUGUGGACGCAGGCCCCGCCCCGGGCGAGGCGCAGGCGAUGGAGGCCAGCAGCGCAACCGCCGAUGCGGCCACGCGCACGCCCGGGGCCAUGAGUGUGGACGGCCUGCUACCGCCGGUCGUGAACCCCUUGCAGUGCCUCAGUGCGGAGAAAGGCUCCCCUGUCCAGGACGCGCGCCAGGCCUUCGAGGAGGACGUCGUUGGGUUUCUCAACGCCGUGAGCGCAGUGUCCGUGGCGCAGGCCCUGCGCGACAUCCCAGAGCGCAGCACCUUUGUCGACCAGCUUACGUUCAGGCAGUGUCUGGUGCGACUGCAAGCCGGCCUAAGGGCCGUGCGCGCAGGCUCGCUGACAGCUGCAGAAGAAGUGGAUGUCUUCACACCCUUGUGGUGGAUCGCAGACUACCGGUUAGCAGUAUACAUGGAAGCCUUCGCACGAGUCGUUGCCUUGUCCUCCACGAUGUUACUCGAGACCUUCAAGGCGUUCGCGUCGUCCUUGCUGCAUCGCAAAGUGUGCGUCGAGUGGUCUGACUACACGCUCUCACAUCGCUACUGGGCACAAGUGGUGACGGACAUUGGCACAGGUAAGUCCCCGGUCAUGAAGACGGUGCGGGAGGCCUUCAAGCGAGCAGAUGAGAAAGUAGGCCGGUGGCUUGCCGGUCCGGCGGAGGCGGAGUACCACAUCAUCACGGAGUCUACGCACGCCGCCUUCAAUGCACGGCUGCAGCAAGGUGACGGGCACGGCCUGCUGGUAGGGCCGGAAGGGUCCGCCUUCUUGUGUCCGGAGUACGCCAAGUCCGGCAAGUUCACCAAGGACACGCACAUCGUUCUGACGCGCUUGCUGGAAGCGGCGCACGGAGGGAGAUACGACUGGGACACGCAGGCCGAUGUGCUUGCAAGACCGGCCAAGGCGCGCAAAGUCAUGGGACAAGAGGACAAGGUUGACUGCGGGGUUCACUUCGAGACGACCAAUAUCGGCAUGGUUCUCUUGCAGCAGCCGUCGGUGCUGAGCACGUGGUGGGCACCGAGUGAGGCGCGGCACAAGAUCGGGCUAGCGAAUCGCUGCGUCUUCUCGGCGGGGCGGCGCGGAAGUCAACUAGCCUUCCCGAAAGGUUUACGGGAGAAGUUCAUCGACUUCAUGGCAAUGCUGUUCCAGCAGCUCAUCGAGAAUGUCGGCCACAAGGUGCCUCUACAAGGCGAUGAGUUGGUUUGGGCCCAAAACCUAGCAGGAAAGGUGGCGAUGGAAGAGGCACGGGGGGCUAUGCACGAGGCUUCACAGGAUGCGUACUAUUCGGACGGUGGCCACGUGCUUCGAGUCAAAGCAGUUCGAGGCGUCUAG